AACAAACAACACAUUAUACAUUUCAUUCAAAACAAAACAAAACACACUUCAUCUUAACCAUUUCAACAGACCACACAAUGAGUUCAACAACCAGAGCAUGGAUGGUGGCUGGAACCGUCGGAUUGGUGGAGGCUCUCAAAGAUCAAGGGUUUGCACGGUGGAACUACACCAUCAGAGCCAUCCACCACCACGCCAAGGCCAAUCUCCGAUCACUCUCCCAAACCAAGAGGCUCUCUUCUCCGGCAGCUACCCGAGGCAUUGAACAAUCAGAGGAGUCAUUGAGAAAUGUUAUGUACUUGAAUUGUUGGGGUCCCAACUGAUCAGUUAACCUGUGUCUAUCUAAUGUACAUAUAUACACCCUUGUUGUUAAUCAAAUAAAAUUUGGUUAUCAUCACAA